AUGGAGGCUCCUAAGCAGUCUACCUGGCACAAGACAAAGGUGCUCUUCCUCGGAGACGAGGCCAAAAGCAAAGAAGAGACGAAGCUUGUGCGAAAGCUUGAUUUCUUCAUCUUGACUUACUGCUGCUUCAGCUCUUUCUUCAACUUCUUAGAUCGAGCUGCCUUUGCAAACGCCUACGUGGCUGGUCUUCGAGAAGAACUUGACCUUGACGGAAAUCAAUAUAGCAUUUUGCUCUCCUUAGCAACUGUUGGAUACACCAUCGGUCAGAUUCCCCAUGGUAUCGUUAUCCAGAAAAUUGCGCCUCGCAUUUGGCUGCCUAGUUGUGUCCUUGUAUGGGCUGGCUUGACAAUGGCUACCGCCGCCUGCAAGAAUUUCGCGCAGCUUGCCGCUAUCCGCUUUCUCUUGGGUCUGGUUGAGGCGAGCACGUAUUGUGGAACGAUAUACAUCAUCGGGUCCUGGUAUAAGCCCAGAGAGAUUGCCAAACGUACAGCUAUCUUCACAGCCUCGGGCCAAGCAGGUACUAUGUUCGCAGGUAUCAUGAUGACGGCUAUUCACCGCGGUAUGGACGGACUCGCUGGUCUUGCAGGCUGGAAGUGGGUGUUCAUUAUUGAUGGUAUCAUCACAUGUCCUAUUGCCAUUUUUGGCUACCUGUGGUUCCCUGAUACGCCCGAGACCACCAAAGCACCCUUUUUUAGGCCGUCUGAGAAGCAGCUCGCUCUCGAUCGCCUGCCGCCAAAGAAGGCGGACGGCCACAACAUCAACCCUUGGUCUCUAGCCAAGCGCGUGUUCGGGUCCCCUGCAUUUUACAUUCUCUGCUCCUUUUCCUUCGUCUGUGCCGCACUCGAGGCCUAUUGUAUACAGAACUGCUUCCUCCUGUUCCUCAAGUAUUACAACCAGCACUUCACUCAGACGGAGGUCAACACUUUUCCACUCGGUAUCCAAGGUGUUUCAAUAGUCGCCAACCUCUUGGCCUCGGUCUACAUUGAUGCUACGGGCAAGCGAGUUCCCAUGGGAGUUCUUGCGUGCGCCCUCCAAGCCGUUUCCGUCGUGCUUCUGAUGAUUCCAAACAUAAGUUUCGCAGGCACGUUCGUCGGAUUCUACCUAUCCGGCACCGCCUACAUCGUCAACCCCUUGCUCUUCGGCUGGGCUAACAUCAUUUGCCAACGUGGCGGAGAUGACGCACUCAGGAGCGUCACCCUAUUCGCCAUGAAUACCACGGCCAACAUUCUGUACACAUUCUGGGGCAUCGCCUUCUAUAAUGCCAGUGAUGCCCCAUACUGGCGCAAAGGCGGUAUCGCGAUGAGUUGCAUCAUUGUUUUGCUCUUGUCAAUGUUGUGGGUGGUACACUGGCUUGACAAUUGGACUGCGAAGAAGUAUCCCGAGAUCUCGGUUCUAGAGGCGAUACGUUUGGAUCUGGUUGACAAGGAGGCGCCUAUGGCUCCGUCUGAUAAGAAAUUGAGUAUGGAAGCUUCGGUAGAUAAGGUGAAGAACUAG